AUGGUUGUUUCCCGUUUGUUGAACGCUACGGUCGGUGCUUGGCUGCUGUUGGUCGCCUAUGCAUACCUGUCAAGAGAAGGUACCUACUGUCAGGUGAACUCCCAGUGUCUGUCCGGCCUAUGUCUCGGCCACGUUUGUGCCAGUGAAAGUGGAUCGUUCAUGAAGGUGGGCGACGGCGGACCGUGCAUGCUGGACCAGCAGUGUUUCUCGAACAUGUGCUAUAACCGAGUGUGCGGCAGAAGUUCUGUAAUAGCCGGACGAGUUGGGCCAGGUGGUCCCUGUCGUUACGACUACAACUGUGCUUCUGGCAGAUGCGUGAACCGGGUGUGCACCAUGUUGAACAAUGGCAUGUUUGGCGGUAGGCAGUGCCUGUAUGGCUCCGACUGCGACGGCGGCAUAUGCGAAAAUGGCGUCUGCGUUUAUUCCAUGUCUAGAGGGGGUGCGAUCGGUUCGCUGCUGCCCGGCUCUCUAGUUCCGGACUACGGUUGGUGCAAGUACGACACAGACUGCAUUUCUAACUACUGUCGAAACAACCUGUGCACUCGACGAUGGUCGGAUGGCAGCGGUAAGUUGCUGGGCAACGAACGGUGCGUCUCCGACAUCCAGUGCUAUUCUGGCCUGUGCUGGAACGGUGUUUGCCGAAGUGGUGGCGGUGGUGGUAGUGGCGGAGGCGGAGGCGGUGCAAGCGUUUUCUCCAAUUUUCCUCGCACCACCACCACAUUUUCGGCGUACUCUGCAAUCGGCCGGGGACAACGAUGCGUGUUCGACAACGACUGUCCGUUCGGAAGGUGCUUUGAGGGUGUUUGCCCCGAUUCAGGCAAUCCGAGUCUGUCGGCGUUUCUGAGACGUUGCCGGUUCGACAACGACUGCGGCAUGGGCCGAUGCAUCGACUGGCAGUGUGUGUCGUACAGCGAUGUCUUUGGUUCAAACUUGAGGGACCGUCAGCUGUGUACGAGGGACAGCGAGUGCGCCUCCAAUCUUUGCCUCAGAGGCGAAUGUGCCGUGACCAGCGCGUUGCAAGCAAAGCUUGGCGUCGGUGAACGAUGCUUUUAUAAUCAUCAGUGCUUGCGAGGCAUCUGCGACAACAACGUUUGCACGUGGUAA